AGCCGAUUCCACCACAGGCUACAUGUACAACUGGAUUCUGUACACCGGAAAGGAGACUCACUUGACGAUCCUCUGGGGAUGACUGCCGCAGUAGUAUUGCGUUUAGUGGAGCCAAUCAGCGGUCUGGGUCACCACAUCUAUAUGGACAACCUCUACACGUCUCCAGCACUCUUCUUGCGGCUCCGGUCACUUGGAUUCGGAGCAUGUGGAACUCGACACGGAGUUCCUGCAGAGGCAAAGUCGAGGUUGGAGAAAGGAGAGAGGUGUCUUAUUCCUGUAGACGAGGGGAUGAAUGUGGUACAGAGGCAUGACAAGCGUGUUGUGUCCGUCCUGUCCACAAUUCAUGACGACACACCUGUGCCAGUAGAGCGACGAUCACAACGAGCUCCUGGUGGGCGGGAAACAGUCGAGAAGCCCCGGGCAGUGGUGGAGUAUAAUAAGUACAUGGGUGGUGUCGAUCGUGGUGAUCAGCUGCUCACCUACUACGGCUAUCCCCAUCACACCCGCAAGUGGUGUAGGCGUGCGUUCUUCUUUUUGUUCGAUGCCACAGUGGUCAACAGCUACACGUUGUACCGUCAGUCAACAAGGAGG